GCGGGUUUGAUCACUUUCGGCAGAGAAUUUGGAUUGGAAGAAGCUGAGGAUUCGGAUGUAAUCAGAGAGUUGAUAGAAACAGCAACACCUCAUUGGACUCCUGGAUCACAUCGAGGUUAUCAUGCCUUGACCUACGGAUUUCUUGUUGAUCAGAUUAUCAGACGUCUGCACCCCAAAGGCUACCCUGUUCCAAAGAUUUAUAAAGAAGAAAUUUGGGAAGAAGGAGUAGAUUUCUUCAUUGGAAGUGAA